AUGCGUCGCGAGGAGUACAGAUACAGCCUCCAACGCGGCUCAGUGCAAGAACGUAAACAAGGUGGGGGCGAGUCCAGGGCAGAUGCGGAGAAGAUCUGGAAAGGCAUGGAGAGUCAUGUCUUCGAUGGUCGCAGCGACAAACCUACAUCCGGAAGACAUCUCACCUCGACCUGGUUCAAGGUAAACCAGAAGUCUGAGAAGAUGGUCAUCAACACACAGACGUCGCUUGCAACAGUCCCCUUUGGACUGAAGCAGAAGAAAAUAAAGACGCUGUUCAUCGAUGACAAAAGGACGGGGCUCGUCAACAACAAGGAGCAAGAGUUCACUGGCAAGUACACCAGGGACACAGUCGCGCGGAUGUGCACAGACGCAAUCGAGAAGUCGCUGGAGGAGAGCAAGUCCAAGACCUCUUUGCUUGCAGGGGACAACGCCUACGCCGUGAGAUCCUUCGACGGAGGGCCGAACGUCUGCGUUACCGUUAACAAGGACAGCUGUUUUCCGCAGUCGGUCAACCCCACAACGAAGCAGCCCGGGGAGAAAUGCGGAGGUUGUAGGAUGCGGAGCGUGUUCGCGUAG